AUGUGCAUAAAUAUUUCAGGUCAUAUAUCACCUCAGAGGUGUCUCUGGGAGGCUGGGUUCCUACAAAAUCAACACAAGGAAUCAGUUGAUGCCUUCAUUGAAGAAGCUUUUAUUCGACGUGAACUUGCCGACAAUUUCUGUUUCUACAACAAGCACUAUGAUUCCCUUAAAGGCAAGUACCUAUGUCAUAUAACUUAUUUUCGUGCUUGGUCUUGGGCACAGGAGACCCUGAGAAAGCACUCUAACGACAUACGUCAACCAUCCUACAGCGAGGAGAAAAUGGAGUCUGCAUCCACGGGCGAUGAACUUUGGAAUGCUGCUCAGCGUCAACUCCUGUGGGAGGGUAAAAUGCACGGAUUCUUGAGGAUGUAUUGGGCCAAGAAGAUCCUUGAAUGGCAUGCCGGUGGUCCCGAGAAGGCUCUUAAACUGGGAAUAUAUCUUAAUGACAAAUAUUCUAUAGAUGGAACUGAUCCGAAUGGAUAUGUUGGAGUGAUGUGGUCUAUUUGUGGUAUCCACGAUCAGGGCUGGAUGGAACGACCAGUAUUCGGCAAAAUUCGAUUCAUGAACUUUACAGGCUGCAAGCGUAAAUUCGACGUGGCCGCAUUCAUCAAGAAAUACUCUCCACCAAUAAAUAAGCACUUGAAGGCUUAA